AUGGGUAUCGUAUACAAACAGAAUGCCUGCAUAAGCAAGGACACAAGAUACCUUGACAAUGAGAUGAUCAAACAGGAGGAGGAGGAGGAGGAGGAAGCUAAGGAAAAAGAAAUGUUGAAUUUAAGAGAAAAAAUUCUCGUCGACGACUCGAGUCUGCUGUAUAUAGAAGGACGACUUGUCAAUGCAGAGGGAAAGGGAAAAGCUACUGAUAUUGAGUUAACAAAAAACUGUGCACUUCAUCUGUUUUCGGAUAUUCAGUACCGUCUCAAUAACCAAAUUAUCGAUCAUGUACGUAAUCCAGGAAUUGCAACAUUAAUGAAAGGAUAUGCUUCUUUUACACCAGGUGACGCAAAUGCAUUACAAAAUGCCGGAUGGGGGGCAGGAGGCGAAUUGAAAGAGUUAGUCGACGAUGAUGAUGGUCGUUUUAAUUUUUGCAUUCCGCUUAAAAUGAUCAUAGGCUUUGCAGAGGAUUACAAAAAGAUUAUUUUAAAUGCUCGCCAUGAACUGAUACUGAUUCGUAGCAGGCAAGAUAUUAACUGUAUUGUCUCAGAUAAAGCAGAUACUAAAUCAAAAAUUGUGUUGGAAAAAGUUCACUGGGAAAUGCCGCAUGUUCAGGUGUCUGAAAAGCAACAAAUAUCACUGUGGAAUAUCUUAAAAAAUGAUAUCACUUUGACUCUACCUUUUCGUCACUGGGAUUUGGUUGAAAGCAUUGCGCCAGAAAUUAACUCAUGGACAUGGCAAAUUAAAUUUAAUACAGCUCUUGAAACAGCAAGGUAUGUAAUAUUGGCUUUUCAGUCAAACAGAAAUUUGAUUACUGCUGACUCUAGUGUAUUCGACAAAAUAAACAUAUCAAACUUGAAGGUGUAUUUAAAUUCUUCUAAAUUCCCAGAGGAGAAUUUUGCUGUUGAUUUUGACAUGAAGAAUACUGCACAGGCGUUUGAAAUGUAUGCCAAUUUUCAAUCGCUGUAUUAUGGAGAUAGCAGUGUAAGAAGAGGGAACCCGCUCAUGAACCGUACUGAAUUUCAGAACUGUCCUAUAUUUUUCAUUGAUUGUUCUCAUCAAGACGAAACACUGAAAUCUUCGGUCGUUGACAUGAAGAUUGAAAUAGAAACAAAAGAAGCAUUUGCGUAA